UGUGAACCUGUCCGCCUCUUUCUACACCACAAUUCCCUCUGAAUCCGAGCUUUUGCGAUUUGGCCGGUAGAAUCAUUUUCAUGCAUCAACACAAACACUUCAGAUUCUUCAAAGGUGUGCCGACACGGGUGCGUCGCGUCAGCGGUCGCGGGUCUUCUGGCGAAAACCAACCUCCGUGAUUUUGACCACCCACGCAGGCAUUGGACCAGCCACACACUAAUUACAACAAUCCUUCAUCCUGACCAGCCUUUUUGCACAGCUGUUAGCAUUUGCGCACCGAAGAUCCUGACGCCGACCAACCUGCGCUGCGAGGCGCUUUUAGCAAGUUGUUCAACGAUCUUCCCACUCCUACUCCUCCAAACCCGACGAUCGAAGUGCCUCAGUCCGGUUCCUCUCAUCUUGACGACCUUUACGAGUAUUACGACCCUGAACGAGAACCCCUACCCCAACGCCAGCAACACAUAUCUACACCUGUAUCCCAAAGACCACCACAAUCCUCACCUUCUAGUGUCCGCUCACUGAGAAGAACCCCGAGACUGCAAGAGCGCAGAAGUGAACAAGCAGAACGCGCAGCAUCCCCUCCUGCUCCGCCGCAGCCAGACGCUCGUCGUGUUACACAAUUGAGCGGCUUCGACGAGUCGGAGUCUACCAGUCCUCAGGACUUUCAGCGGUUGGUAGAGGACGAGUCAUACUGGCCUAGAAGAACAAUUCGAGUCUCUAGACAUACUCACGACGCAAUCCUUUUUGCCUUGGAAGCCAUAAGAAAGGGAAGUGGCGUCAAUGCACAGCCAUUGACUCCAGAUCUGCUCGAAGAACAGGCUCGAAUGUCAGAUCUGGUAAGGGGCAAUCCGCCCGGUGCCACUGCAAGAAUACAGAAUGGGGGAGCACCACGAACGGCUGCAGCCGCCGGCACCGGGCCCACCGCAACGGAACCACCUCGAUACCGGACACCUACUGAUGUUAUGCGGGAAAGAAGGCUACGGGAAGCUCGCAGAGCUGAAGAGGCGGCCGCCAGGCAAGUUCAAGAGGAACAGAGAAGGAUGCAACAGGGAGAACAGGUUGUUGGCGUUGGGGAAGAACAGACACCACGACCCACUGCGAGAAUAUCAACGGCCAGAACGCAGCCAACACAUACCUAUCACAUACGCGGUCAAUCUGCGCAAAUGCCAGUUGGCUCUGAUCGGCGGCAAGAGAACAUUGCUCCAACUCAGGCUGGUCCGUCAAGGACGGGUCAUAUCCAUACCCAAAGUGGUGGAACAGACCCUCGACUUUCGGCAAGCACGCAACGGAAUCGCACAGAAGCAUACGAGCAAUUGAACAUCCCCGCGACUGCGAGACCAGCAGUACCUGAACAGGCGCCGCGAGCCACACAGCCGCAGCAGCAACCGCCAUCAACAAGACCUCAACCUCCACAGCCAGUACUGCAAGCAGGGACACAACUAGGACCGCAGUCAAGUACGCAAGCGUCUGGUGUGGCGGCUCGUAGCCGUUUCCCUAAUGCAUUCGAACGAUGGGAGGAUCUCUCGGCACACUGGGAGGGCAUUGUGUCAUCAUUCAUCCAUCGUAUGCAAAACAAUGCUGAUGAGCUGGCUGGCAAACCAUUAGAGAAACAGAUGGCUCGGCAAAUUGAUGACUUGUCUGCUGCAGGAGCUAAUUUGUUCCACGCAGUGGUAGAAUUGCAACGUCUGAGAGCGUCCUCGGAGCGAAAAUUCCAACGCUGGUUCUUCGAAACUCGGCAGGAGCAGGAACAAGCUCAAGAGCGGCAGGCGGAGUUGGAACGGCAGCUUCGCGCCGAACGGGAAGCUCGGACCGUAAGCUCCACGUCCAUUGAAGCGGUCCGUGCAGACAAGAAUCGAGCCGAAGAACUUGUCAAAGAAAUGCGUCGAGAGCUGCAGAUUAGCAAAGAAGAGGCUCGACGAGCCUGGGAAGAGUUGGGUCGAAGAGAACAGGAGGAGCGCGAGAGAACCAUUGCAUUGAGAAGUGGUGAGCCCACACUCAUAGGAGGCGUUCAGGUCGUUCCCAUGCAAGGACUAUCCAGUCGACAAAUCAGCUCAGCUCAUCGGCCACAAACAAGGGAGGGGCCUACUGGUAGUGCUGGUCCCACAAUGUUGUCCGGUCAACAGCCCUCUGCCACGCAACGGCCGCGGUCUCAGAGUCAGACAACUGGAACUUCCUUGGACUCUCCUGGUGAAGAAACCAGACAAUUCAACUACCAACCCGACACAGGAGGUUCCCCUACCGUGACCGACCCGUUCACGGAAUCCUCUCGUCAGCGUGAAGCAACACAGGCAGGCCGUGAACCUGAGACACAAUUCUACACUACCCCACCUCGGCCGACGAUACCUCAGACAAGCGCUGCUGCAAUUGCUGCUAGUCGUGCUGCCACAAGUGCGGCUCAGGAUCUGCGUUACCAUCAGAGCCCGACGACAACCAACUCUCAAAUGUCUGGUGCCUUGCCUGCACCAACACGUCAAGGCACAGGCGGCACAGAGCAAUCGUUCAUUGCGUCCACCGUGUCAGGGGCGUCAGAAGAAGAGUAUCACAUUAAUCCUGACGGUAGUUAUACACGGGAUGCACAGGGCCGCCGUAUACCCUACCGUCAGCCUAUUGGUCCAUCAGGUCUUCGAGCCGAAGUGAGCGAUGACGAAGGCGAAGAAGGCGACUAUUCCGACGAGGAUGAUGACGAUCACACCGCCGACAUUGAGCGUGAGAGGAUGUAUGCAGCACAAUACCGUCCACAGCAAGCUCAGCAACAACAGGGUCAAAUUCCCCGAACAACAUCCGGCCCCUUACCGGCUAUCCCACAAGGCCGCAUACCGGAGUAUGAGGGCGAAGGGUACGAAACUGAGCCACCUCCAAUCGUUGCACAAGCUCAAACAGGAUGGGAAAACCUCCAGGCAACUAGACAUCGACAUCCAACUAGGUUGAGCGAUAUCAUCGAAGAGACAACUCAGCGCACGAGUCCUAGCAGGACGAGCUACGCUUCCGGUACCGGCCCUCUGCCUGGCCAGGGCGAGGGUGGCAGUGGUGCUGGGAACCUGCCUUCACGACGGUAACAAUUGGGGUUUCCUACAAGAUCUGCACCAUCAGCCGAAGAACAUCUCUUUCUUCAACCAUGUAGUAUCUUGGCGAAACUCGCUCGUCAAAGAUGCCAUUUUUGGAGCGUUGUCCUGAUCGCGACAUCAUAAAGGCCAGACAGACAUCAUCUACCUCUUGCUGAAUGCAACGAUCUCUUCAUCACGUCCUGUUUAACCCUGGAAUCAUCCUCGUCUGUCCUCCGACAAAGGGGGGAACUUUCAGCGCGCAUCGAAUCGCUGGAUGGCGGAAAACCGUAACCAACCAAUCCCCUCCUUCUUGCUGUCUUUUCACAAGCAACGAACGAGUUUAUUGGCACUCCGAGCCCAUCCCAAUUCCACCUAUCCGUUUGUACAAAUCUCUGACUGUGCGCCCCACAACAAAAUGCGACAGUCGACGUCAAGUCGCGAUGCAUAUUCAUGUCCAUGGCACCAAAAGAACACCGUGAACCAUCGUGAUCUCAAGUUGCCGAGGUUCACAAUCUCUAUUUUCCAAUUCAAGUCUUGUCGGUCUAUCCGGGGGUUAGUUGUGUGUGAGUGUAUGACAGGUUGAACAUAGCAAGCGACGGCGUAAAAGUUGCGGAACUGCGAGGCCUGCUUUCGAGACAAAAAACCUUGCAUAUGGUGCUUUUGUCCCUCUAAUUUUCCCUUUUGUCUACAGAACCUGAAAAAUAGGCGGACACAGGCUGAGGAGGGAAAAGGCUGCAGGUGUAGCAUUUUCUUUUUUCUUUUUUGCUUCUAGGAUACUGUGUGAAUUGAUCAAUACC